AUGACCUUGUUAAGUUUUUUUUUUUUGACAAACAGCUCGGCCUUCAGGGAGAAUCUUACGCUUGUUGUACCCACCCACACUGAAACAACACUUGUUCAAUUGAUUCUGGACAACUUUGACAGAGCAUACAGAGAGGCUCCUAAAAACAACACUCAAUUGAUGGAUUCAAACAGUCCCAGAUUCUCGUUAACAACAGAUCACGGCGACGGACAUAUUUUCAAGUUCUCAAUCGGAACCCCACCUGUAGAUGUUUAUGCUCUUGCUGAUACAGGUAGCAGUGUAACAUGGACGCAGUGCAAGCCGUGUCAAACUUGCUUGGAGACCAUAUAUGAUAUGUUUGAUCCGAAAAAGUCAUCUACUUAUAAGAAUAUCACUUGUCUUCAGAGGGAGUGUAGGCAUGUAGACAAUAUGAAACCACCAGAUACUUCAGCAGAUUUUUGUACCAAAUAUCCAACAAGUGGGUGUCCUUAUGGCUUAACAUAUGCAGGCAAGGCAACCUCCGAAGGAGUACUGGCUACAGAAACAUUUAUUUUGACAUCCAAGAUAGGUAAGACAGUAACCUUUAAAGAUAUUGUUUUCGGGUGCGGGCAUUUGCAAACGGAUCCGACUGGCACAACAAAUCGAACUGAUACGGGAGUGAUUGGGUUAGGACGUGGGCCUUUAUCAUUUGUUUCUCAAAUUGCUCCCUAUGUUGGAGGGAAAAAAGUUUCUCAUUGCUUGGUGCCCCUAGAUACUGAUCCAAAAAUUGAAAGCAAGAUCAUUUUCGGGAAUGGGAGUGAAGUUACGGGUGAUGGAGCUGUUUCAACACCAUUGGUUAAAUCCAUAUUCAUGGAUAAUUAUGUUGUGCAGGCACAAGGAAUUACAAUUGGAAAAGAAUUUGUUCCAUUUAGCUCGAAAGUGACACCGCUCAAAAAAUUUGACAUGGUAGUUGAUUCGGGCUCAACUUUUACAAUGGUACCUAAAGAAAUUUUUGAUAGAGUGGCGACCGAGAUGAAGAAGGCACUUGAUCCGAAUUUGAAACCGUUCAUCACAGACGAAGCGAAUAGGACUGAGACUCUUUUAUGCUUAAACUCGACGACAAUUCCAAAAGAACCAAAAUUGACUUUUCAUUUCGAGGGUGGUGGUAAAGUGCCAUUAGUGACAGAAAAAAUGUUCAUAAAAACUUUUGAUUCCGGUUUUAAAUUGUGUUUCGGAAUCAUGUAUGAUCAAGUGAUAUCACAGUUUAACAAUGGUAUAAUUGGAGCCGUCAUGCAGGGAAAUAUGUUGGUUGGUUUUGACCUGGAUAAAGAAGUGGCAUCCUUCAAACCAACUGAUUGCUUAAGCUACUAG